AUGGCAUAUCAGUUAUAUAGAAAUACCACUUUGGGAAACAUUCUUCAGGAAAGUCUCGAUGAGCUCAUGCAAUCUCAAAAGACUACUCCUCAACUUGCCCUUCAAGUUCUACUUAAUUUUGAUAAGGCUAUAAUUUCAGCAUUGGCUCAGAGGGUCAGGAACAGACUCAAUUUCAGGAGCUCUCUAAAUACAUACAGAUUCUAUGAUAAUGUAUGGACUUUUGUGUUGAAUGAUGUUGAAUUCAGAGAGGUGGCAGAACUUAUUAAAGCGGAUAAAGUGAAAAUUGUAGCUUGUGAUGGUAAAAAUACUGGCUCCAAUACUACAGAAUAA